GCGGCUGGGCAGGCUGUGGAAGCCGCGCGUCGCGGCUAUCUUCUCACUUUCGGUUGGAUCGCAGAGCCGUCACCAUGUCCUUGGCGGCCUCGGCGGGCAGGGGCCGAGGGCCCGUAUGGUCCCCAACGCACGUGCAGGUGACGGUGCUGCAGGCGCGGGGUCUUCGGGCCAAGGGCCCCGGGGGCACGAGCGACGCGUACGCGGUGAUCCAGGUGGGCAAGGAGAAGUACGCCACCUCAGUGUCCGAACGCAGUUUGGGCGCGCCCGUGUGGCGGGAGGAGGCCACCUUCGAGCUGCCGCCGCUGCUGUCGGCCGAGGCUGUGCCCGCCGCCGCCACCACCCUGCAGCUCACCGUGCUGCACCGCGCGCUGCUCGGCCUCGACAAGUUCCUGGGCCGCGCCGAGGUGGACCUGCGGGAGCUGCACCGGGACCAGGGCCGCAGAAAGACCCAGUGGUAUACCCUGAAAUCCAAACCGGGAAAGAAGGAUAAAGAGCGAGGAGAAAUUGAGGUUGACAUCCAGUUUAUGAGAAACAACAUGACCGCUAGCAUGUUUGACCUUUCCAUGAAAGACAAGACUCGGAAUCCAUUUGGGAAACUGAAGGACAAGAUCAAGGGCAAGAACAAGGACAGCGUGUCAGAUACUGCCUCAGCCAUCAUCCCCAGCGUGACACCCUCAGCCGACAGCGACGAUGAGUCUCCUUCGAAAGACAAGAAGAAGAAGUCAAAGAUCAAGACCUUGUUCUCCAAGUCCAACCUGCAGAGAACGCCGCUUUCCCAGUCCAUGUCUGUCCUGCCGACCUCAAAGGCAGACAAGGUGCUGCUUCGUCCCGGAGACUUUCAGUCACGGUGGGAGGACGAGGAUGAGGACGAGUCCUCCUCUGCUUCGGAUGUCUCAUCUCACAAAAGAACUGCCAGUGGGGAUCCUAAGCAGCUGAACCCUAUCAACUUCACCCUCCCCAAGAAGGAUGGACUCUCUUUCCUGGGAGGUCUCCGGUCUAAGAAUGAUGUCCUUUCCCGCUCCAACGUCUGCAUCAACGGGAACCACGUCUACGUGGAGCAGCCUGAAGCCAAGAGCGAGACCAAGGACAGCUCCCCGUCCUCCUCCCCAUCCCCCCAGGGCUUAAGGAAGAAGCACCUGUUCUCAUCUACAGAAAACCUGGCCACUCAGCCUUGGAAGGAGCCUGGGGAGGGGGUUGCCGCGCUUUCUGAGUCUUCCACAAAGGCCUCUCUCAAGUCCAUGUCUCUGCCAUCCUACCGGCCGGUGGUCAGUGGGGACCUUCGGGAGAACACAUCUCUGGCGACCCUGGAGGCUGCAAAAGAAACCAAAGAGAACAAGAAACAGGAGAACAAGAAGUCCUCUCUGCUGUCCCUGGUGACGGGGAAGAAGGACAUGGCCAAGGGCAGUGAAGGCGAGAGCCCUCCUGCCGCCCCUGGGAAGGAGAGGGAAGGUUUGGCCUCAGGAGUCAAAGCCAGGGAGGACCAGCCAGAGCCUGUGGACAACCUUGUGAAGGAGUCAGAGAAGGAGCCAACUGUCAUUUCUGGGCGAGGGAGAUCCUGGAACCCCUUUGAGGAUGUGCAUAUCCUAGAACCGGAAGCUGACCCCGAGCCCAAGGCUGCACCUGCACCACCUGUGGCCUCUCCGAGGGCUCCUCAGACCAGAGCCGUGAAACCCCGACCGGAAGUGUCUCCAGAGGCUCAGCCCACACCCCGGCCCUCUUCUUUCCCUGACCCUCCUCUCUCUUCCUCGGCUGUCUCUUCCAGUUCUGGUCAGACACUCGACCCUUCUAAACUGGAACACGAUUCAGAGACACAGUCCUCUGAAUCUCUUUCUGUCUCCUCCACUUUCUCCUCUCCCUUAGUGGCCCCCAUUUCCACAUCCACUCCGAUUGACAGCUGGCCCUCUGCUGCCACGAGCCAGGCCAGUUCUGAAGAGCCACCUUCACUCCUUAAACCAGCGCUGCAAAAAGAGAGCUUAACGCAAGUUCCAAAUACUGUUUCUUGGGCCGUGGGCUCACUUUCCAAGCAGCCGCCCAUCCCAGUAGGUGAAGGGACACAAGAUUCUCCAGGGAGGAGGACCGGCACCAACGACCCAGCCCAGUUGCCCCUGAUGAAGCCUGAAGUAGGACUAGAAGAAGAGCUUCUGAGGUCCCCUCCCAGAGAACAAGAAGGCAGUCCCCCCCCAUUGGAAGAGGACCGAGAAGUACCAGCUGCCCUUCCGCGCAGAAGAGGCGGGAUUGAAAGCCCAGCCGGGAAGCCCCUGGUCAGGGAAGAUGCAGACUCUGUGGUUCAGCCAAGGUCUCCUGGGGGGGACAUGGCUGGGGAUGUAGGGAUGAUUCCUGUGGUCAGAGAAGUGGUGUCCCCCCUUCACAUGGGGGUAUUUGUCCCCCUACCUGACUCUGCAAUGCAGAGACAGAAGGAGAUGGGGCUGGAUGUCCCUGAGGCUGGAAAGAAAAUCAAGAAGCGGGUGUCAUUUUCCAAGCAGCUCUUUACAGAAGAGGCAGUGGAGGAGGCCCCAGCUCUGGUCCCCAGGGACAGAGGUGACCCCUAUGAGCCGACGCAAGAAGGGGCUGCCCCUGGAGAUGCCUGGCACAUGGGUGAUUCCCAGGAGGGGGAGGCUGUGGCUGAAGCUCUGCUGACCUCCCUUGUGGCUCGAUCUCCCCUCCCAUCCCACCAUGGGGGUUCCUCAGAGGGUUCCCAGCAGGCCACCAGCUCAGGGAGAGACAUUCCACUCUCCAGGAUGGAGGGAGAUGAUAGCCGGAUGCCUGGAAAUCAGAGCAAAGCCACUGACCACGAGGGUCUGUUGUCUGAUCCCCUGCGAGGCUUCCAGUCUGCCUGUGGGGUGAAGUCCCCUGCUGUGGCCCAGCUGGACUUGACACUGCCUUCUAUCCCCGAAGUCGCAUCAGAUGACGAGAGAGUAGACCAGCCUGAAGACGACAGGGGGGUGGCCAGGGGAGGGGGCACCUCUUCCCCAAGCACGUCACCUGCCCAUCCUGGCUGGUCAGCAGAGAGCCUGCAAGACCCUAGGCCAGAAGCAUCUGGAGCAUCCGCCCUGGCUUCUUCAGAGCAGAUGGCAGCCUUGGCAGAUCAGAAAGUGCAUCCGGGUGAGAGCCCAGGUGUGGAUGAGCAGCCGCUGGGCCCUGGUCAAGGCGUGGAGGCAAAGCCAGUGGAAAGUGGGAGGCCAGCUCAGCCUCCUGUUGCUGCCCUGUCUUCCCCCAUGUCCAGCCCCUCUUUUUCUGAGCCCUUUCCUGCCACACACUCUGCUCCUAGCUCUCCACACUCCGACACCCCCCACACCAGUACAGCAGAAUCUCAAAAAAAAGCAACCACAGAGGGCUCCGUGGGUAAGGUGGAAAAUUCUGGCAAGAGGAAGCCGCUCCUUCAGGCCUGGGUCUCACCCUCAGAAACACAACCAGUCUCGGCUCAGCCCAGCGUUGGAACUGGGCCAGCCAAGAACAGACUUCAGCCUGUGAAGCCGAUGAAUACGACAGCCACCAAGGUUGUCAACUCCAGUCUGGGAACUGCCACCAUCAUCAGUGAGAACUCCAUCAAUGAGGCCAUGAUGAAGAAAUACAAGCCCUCGGACCCUGCGUUUGCUUAUGCUCAGCUAACACACGAUGAGCUGAUCCAGCUGGUCCUCAAACAGAAGGAAACAAUAAACACGAAGGAGCUUCAGGUGCGCCAGUUGGAGGACUACAUCGACAACCUGCUGGUCAGGGUCAUGGAAGAGACCCCCAACAUCCUCCGGGUCCCCUCUCAGGUCGGCAGAAAAGCAGGAAAGAUGUGACUCAUCAGCCUCCGACCUUGAGCCUUUUCUUUGCGAGUUUGUUUCCACCUGCUCCUGAGGCCAAGGACUCGGUGUGCCUGUGAGCCGGCGCUCAGGCUCCAAAUCACCAUCUCCCUUGCUUGUUAUCUGGCGAGAGUCAACCCUACCCAUGGAAGCCAGGUUAAUUAUUACAAUGAAUCUUUUACUGUACAUUCCCAGGGUUUUUAAAUGCCACUGUGCCUUUAACCGUGUUGUAAGGAGUUUAUGCCCUGACCAGAGAUGGGGUUAGAAGAGCUGACCCUGGCCCAGAGGUUCGGGUGGCACUGGGGGUAUUAAGGUAUUUUAACAUUGGGCUUUCUUCCUUUGAUGUUGAGAUUUUAAAGUACGUCUCCCCAGUCAUUAAAGGUGGGGGUAAAAGGACCAGGACCAUGCCGUGGGGGCUGUACUGUGCAUCCUUUCUUGGCUUUUGAGUGGCUCAGGUGUGGCUUUUGGCUGCAGAUGCUAAAUUUUGAUACCAUGUAAAUCUACCUGGUUUCUGGACUUGGUCUUUUGUUUUGACCAGAGCAGAGGAAUUUAGGGAGCGCCUCGGGGUGUGCCUUUCAGAUUUGGAACCAGCUGCCUUCUCCAGACAUCAGCUGCCACUACUCUGUAGCCUUAAAUGUGCUCCUUGUCUAUCCAGAGGACUUCUCCAUGGGGGUCCACAAAGUAGACUGGGGGGUUAGAGUCACUUUACGCUUGAGGGAGUUGGUCAAAGUGUCCCCUCGUGAUCUCCAGGUUCCUACUGGCUAGAGUGGCCGAGGCAGUGCCUUGAUAAGGGACUAGGUGACCCAAGCAUUUACUAAAAUGGAUCCACCAGGUAUAGUAUCACUGAUUGCAGCAGGAUCCCUUUGACCUUUGCCCCCUGUGCCUUUGCUUGGCCCCCUCAUUUACCUGACAGCCCUUCCUGGCGUUUCCUCCCUUGUUAUAAAAUUAUCAAGAGCGAGAAUAUGACACUUAUUUGUAGAUUGCUGGGUUUGUGUGUGUGUGUGUGUGUGUGUGUUUCAUUUUUGGCCACCCCAUGGAAUAUGGAGUUCCUGGGCCAGGGAUUAGAUCUGACUCAUAGUUGUGACCUAAGCUGCAGCUGCUUCAGUGCUGGAUCCUUAACCCACUGUGCUGGGCCAGGGAUUGAACCUGAGUCCCAGAGUUCCAGAGAAACGGCUGAUCCCAUUGUGCCACAGAGGGAACUCCUGUCUUUUUCUUUUCUUUUUUUUGGCUACUCCCAUGGCGUUCAGAGGUUCUUGGACCAAGGAUCAAACCUGUGCCACAGCAGCAACCCAGGCCAGCUCCUUAAUCCUCUGAGCCACCAGGGAACUCUGGGUUGCAGUCUUUUUAAAACUAGAUUAACGCACGUAUUUUUUUUUUUAAAUGAGGACACUUGCUCCCUUCUUAACUAAUAACAACAGUUCAGAUUCUUUAGUAACUGGGUACUGGAAUUAGAACAUUUCUGUAUUACUCAUUUUUUUCUCCUAGUUGUGACAGCAUCUCACCAACACCAGGGGAAGAGUGUCACUGGCCCAUGGGGUGGGCAGUGGUCGAGACAAUAGCAGUAAUGAAAUUGGGACUCUCUUCUGUGUUCGUUUCUGGUAUUUGGAAGUUAAGAGGCAAGAGUAUUGGCAGCAGAAUCCCUUUUCAGGGUCACAGUUGCUGCCACAUCAGUUAAUAUCAGAGCACUUUAAUCCGAAGGAUGAUAUUGUAACUUGAUUUAGCUAAUUAGCUUUUAAUGAUCUACAGCUGUUUUAUUUAAUACUCGCCUACAGUACUGGGGACCACUGUAAACUUCUCAGACGACUUGUGUUUUUGUAGUGCUACGCAAUGUAUCUACAUCCCUCCAAAGAGAACUGUCUAUUCGCUAGAUCUCUGGAAAUGUACGUGUAUGUAUUUGUUCUGCAAUAUGUUUUUGACUUGAAGUAAAUGUGCUUUGACUGUGAGAGCCCUCGUGCACGGGGGUGGCAGGUGGGUGCUGAGUGGCUUCGGGAAGAACUGCCAUGGAGACCACCCCCCCUUCUUCCCAAGAGGUGGUGGUGGCUGUGGAGGGAUCUGCUGCUAGAACCAUACUGGAGAGGUAGUCCCAGCAGAAGAGCAAAUUCCUCUGCCCUGAGAUGCCCUUGAGAACUCCGGAGAAUGAAGGACAAUUUGCUUCAAGAGUGUCUGGUUUCUUCCACUGCUUGGAAAAAAGCAUUCUAUUACAUGUAGCAUUCCUGUUCCUCUCAAACAAAGUAGGUAACUUGAAGGUCACUGGUAGGCUGUCCUUAAGGACUCUACUGUGAAGGAGAACUCACCUAGGAAAGCUGGAGCCUGCUCUGAGCUGUUGGCCGAGGCUGACAGAUGAGAGGGCUGGAGCUCCUGCAGCUGGAGCUGCUCUGAGGGCUUACGCCCAUUCUUCUGCAGCAGGAGAGCCCAGAGUUUCCUCUAGCUGCUGAAAACGCUCACCAAACUGACGGGCCCUGGGAGGAGACUGUGCUCUGCAAAAGCAGGAGCGGCUCCUUCUUGUCUUUGACUGGCCGCUUCCCCUGGGAGAGCAGUCAAUACUUCAGGGAAGCGGCCAAUGAAAUACUAAUGCCUUGCAAUGAACUUUGACUGGAGGUCAGCUUCCUGAAAAUAUGGCAGUCCUUUGCCUGGUAGUUUCAUCUCAUCUCAUUGCUUGGACUUUGACAGAUGUCCUGUUCACCCCUUUUAUUUCCUGCAUGUCAGCCUCCCCGGAGGAGCAAGAACAUCUCCCCUUUGCCAUGUGAACAGCUGUUGACCCUGAGUGGAAGGUAUGUGUGGCUUCAGCUCUACUGACAGUGGGAGCUCAGAAGGGCACAGAAGAGUUAGGGACCAUGGCAUUCAGCCACCUGCUAGAUGGCAGGCCAGAGGCAAUUUGAUGUAAAUUAUGCACAGUCUUCCCUCCCUGCAGCCCUUCUCCUGACUGAAUUUUUUUCUUUUUUUUUUUACAACUACUCGCCAAUGAUCCACGAAAGCCAAACAAUCUCUUGCCUUAGGUGGAGAGCUCAACCUCCCGGUCACCAUACCAUCCUCCACUCUGUGGUUUCUUGGCAUCUAUUUUGUGAGCUACUAACUUGACCUAUUCCUCUCUCCCAGCAUUUUUGGAUUAUAGAAUUGUUAUUUCCUGCUUUGUUACUUUGGGAAUUUUGGAUUUCUUUGGUUUUGUUUUUAAGCAGUAGCCUAAAUUUCCUACAACACUAAAUAAAUUGAUACUACCUUUCA